AUGCGUACCUACACUAUCGGACCGGAUGUAGGUCAGACUAGCAAAGCUGGCCAGGCUACGACUCAGACAUCUCCUCCUCGACCACAGUCCCGACUGGCUGAGUUGGCGACCCGACCUUUUACUCCUUUUAACCUUUGGGAUGCGCCUCGAGAGUCGCCAGUCAGUCAACCAGGUUUGGAGCAUAUCGUCGAGACAUCGUCACCACGUCCGAUUGGGCACAUCAAGCCCGACCCAAGUGGAGAUGACCUUGUGUCAGAAGCACUUUCAUCCAUUGGCCAAGGGCAGCUGACUCGUGGAAGACAGACUCCUGCUACUACGGCUCGACCUCGGAGCAUGUUCCUCACUAUUGAGAACACUGCCCAAGGCUCGUCGAGACCAUCUCCGGCUACUAAUGCUGCGAAUCGGAAUAGCUGGGCGGCAGGUGACCAUCUCAUCAUUCCCCAAGAGGGUGAUUUGACCAAUACCACAAGCCCCACCAAGUCUUCUGAUAGUUCAGGUUCAGUGCGAAACAAGCGCGAUAGCGCGGCUUUUCGACGCGAUGUGCGACUCGAUCACUGGCUCCACGACGGAACAAACCCUGAUUGUAUGGACUGUCAUGUCGAAUCGCUCCUGGACAAGGUGGAGCAAUCGUUUGAUUUUGACUGGCAAUUGCGAGACGGAACCAUCUCGUCGGAUAGGAGCCGUUUCCUCAACCAAGCUCAGGCGAGCAGUGACACUCGAAGUGAGAGCAACUAUGACGAACAUGAUCAUCAUCCAGGUUUCAACAGUCCCGAGACAGACAAGAUUGAGUUGAGUGCUGAGGAGCGAAAGGUGAGGAAGUUGACCUUGCGCAAGAGUCUCCGCGUUGACACAUCUGUAGCCUACCACGCAUACGUCCCCACCGCUCUUCCCAAAUUCCAAGCCAACGAAUUUACUACUACGCACAAUUCGGGCAACCUUCGAGAGAGUCAGGCCGAGCAGACAACCGUGUAUCGUCCAUAUCGACCAGGCGCUGUGUGCGAACCCAAGCCAGAUGCGAGUGUCAGCUUGCAGACCGACGCCAUUAACUCGAGGAGGAUGAUCAGCUUCGAAAUCUUUUCCGACGACCAUCUGACACCUAGCGACGACGGUGAAUCUUGUAACUCCGGGUAUAAAGCUCGAAAGAUGAGGAUGACCCCAAAGCAUCGAGCGGUGCCAUCUCUCCUUCAGACUGUGGCACCACUGCGCCAAGAUCAAGCUAGCGAUUUGUUUGACUCAGUGGGGCAGACCAUGGACGAGAUCGAAUCUGGGGCUAGACAGCAGACCAAGGGACAGGGUCGUUGUCGCCUGGUGAAGCGCACUGGGAGACCAUUUGGCCGCUUCAGUAUGGAUCAACAGCGCGACAAAUACCCCGAGGCGACCACUGCAGCAGCUUCUGCUCCAAGUCUCGUCAAGCGUAGCUGGGGAUGUUCAUUGCUGCCAUUUUCACGCAAAGCCACUUGA